AUGAGUUUCUCUUUGGUGCGGAAGCACUUAAACCAAAUGGGGACGCCAAAGUUCCGAUCGACUUUGUGUCGCAGCUAUAUACCCAUGGCAGGUCCACCACGGUUUCCGAUGAGCGGUGCUCAGCGCUUUAUCAUGGGAGGCGGAACCAUGGUUAUCAUGAUGAUCAUUCCCUUCUGGUGCCUAUUCAACAUGCCUCGAUGGUCGAGGAUGCACUUGGGCCUUCCGCCGUUGGAGGAGGAGGAACAGAAGGAGGAGCCGCCACCGGCAGAAGCACAGGAGGAGCAGUCCAAGGACAAAGGCAAGGACAAAGGCAAGGAUAAGGACAAGGAUAAGGACAAGGGCAAGGAAAAGGACAAGAAGGAAGAGAAGAAAUAA